AUGAAGACCAUGGUCGGAGAUGAUUAUGUCGGAGCUGUGCAGCCCACUGAUAACGGAACAGGCUAUGCAUUACUUUUUGCUAAUCCAGACAUGUUGACGGAGUUAAACUUAGCGACCAUUAUCGAAGUUGAUGGAACAAUGAAGGCUGUUCCAACAAAACCCGAAGCAACACAAAUGUGGAUUGUAAGCUUCAGGAAACAUAAUCAGUCUUUUGCUGCAGUCCAUGCCUACUGCCGAGGUGCAAGGGGAGAACUUUAUGAAGCAAUCUUUAAACGUCUUAUUUCAUUAGCCCCUGGCCUGCUCAAUGUUGAACUGAUCAUCUCUGAUUUUGAGGGCGCAGUGCACAAAGCAUGCCGCAAAGUUUUCCCAAGGCCAAGACUGCAAGGAUGUUGGUUUCAUUUCAUCAAGGCAACAUCUGAAUAUCGGAAAGUCAAAUGCCAAUUGAACCAGCUUGGAGCUCCCCGACAAGCAAAGUACUUGACACGUUCGCUGGCAUUACUUCCCCCUCAACAGAUUGCGUUGGGUGUGGAUGCUAUUGAAGAAAUCGUCAACUCAUUCACAGAUGAUUUCCCCGAGUUGAAAAGGUACAUCAAGUACUUGAGGACACAAUGGCAACCGAAGGCUGAAUUGUUAUCAGUGUACGAUUCUGCCAUUCGUACGAACAACGAUUCUGAGGCUUAUAAUCGCCAUUACACCCCUCGAGUCGGUGGUUCCAAAGUCAAGGUGUUCCCUCUUAUUCGCAAUCUGCAAUUGAUCAUUGAUGAUGAAUCGACCAAAAUGAGCAGACUAAACAAGGGUAAACCCAUCUCUAAAACCAAGAAAACAGCAGAGUAUUACAAUAAAGAUAUGCUCAUUAUGGAGGCCCCGAGCAAUUUACAGUCUAAAACACAACACCUGGAAACUUCUGAAAGAGAACUCAUCAGACAGGAGGUAUAUUGUUUCCUGAAGAAAUGCCUCACUCCGAAGAUUCAGGACAGGAUUAAUGAGGAGGAAACUAAACAGUUUACACGAAAUGAUGGAAAUCAAACCAACCAAAAUAGAGAUAAUUCGGGAGAAUCCCUGUCCUUAGAUCCGGACGAUGAUGCGGAAUAUGGAGUUAAGCCGAAACGUAAACGUCUACCAAGAUUGAGAGAGCAUUCAUUUGAUCUGCCAAAACAACCAUCUGUAUCCAGAAUCACAGCCCAAGAAUGUGAAGACUCUGCAACAGCAAUCACUGCCGGAGGAGCGAGUCUAAAUAGUGGAACAAUUUUCGAAAAAGAUGAUGAACACAUCGAUCAUGAUUGGGUUGUUUUGACCUAUCUUUUCGAGGAAGGACACGGGCAACAUUGCCCUUACACAUUGUAAUUCUACAGUAAAAAUACUAU